ACCACCUCUCUCCUUUUUCUGCUCUGCAGGACUGAGCAGCCCGGCGCGAGCGAUAACAAACAGUUGGGGCAGUGAGCGCCCCCCGCCCCGGCUCUGAGAGCACGCCGGCCCCGGGCCCCACGCGGGGCGCCCGUCCGCCCACCAUGAGGAAGAUCCGAGCCAAUGCCAUCGCCAUCCUGACCGUAGCCUGGAUCCUGGGCACUUUCUACUACUUAUGGCAGGACAACCGAGCCCAUGCAGCAUCCUCCGGCGGCCGCGGCGCGCAGAGGGCCGGCGGGAGACCGGAGCAGCUCCGGGAGGACCGCACCAUCCCGCUCAUUGUGACAGGAACACCCUCCAAAGGCUUUGAUGAGAAGGCGUACCUGUCAGCCAAGCAGCUGAAGCCUGGAGAGGACCCAUACAGACAGCAUGCCUUCAACCAGCUGGAGAGUGACAAGCUGAGCCCGGACCGACCCAUCCGGGACACCCGCCAUUACAGCUGCCCCUCCUUGUCCUAUUCUUCGGACCUGCCACCCACCAGUGUCAUCAUCACCUUCCACAACGAGGCUCGCUCCACACUCCUGCGCACGGUGAAGAGUGUUCUGAACCGCACUCCUGCAAGCUUGAUCCAGGAGAUCAUUCUGGUGGACGACUUCAGUUCCGACCCUGAAGACUGCUUGCUUCUGACUAGGAUCCCCAAGGUCAAGUGCCUUCGAAAUGACAGGCGGGAAGGACUGAUCCGCUCCCGGGUUCGCGGGGCAGAUGUGGCGGGAGCCACGGUUCUCACCUUUCUCGAUAGCCACUGUGAGGUGAACGUGGAGUGGCUGCAGCCCAUGCUGCAGCGGGUGAUGGAGGACCACACCCGGGUGGUGAGCCCCAUCAUUGAUGUCAUCAGCCUGGACAAUUUCGCCUACCUCGCAGCAUCUGCGGAUCUCCGAGGAGGAUUCGACUGGAGUCUGCAUUUCAAGUGGGAACAGAUCCCCCUGGAGCAGAAGAUGACCCGGACAGACCCCACCAAACCCAUCAGGACACCUGUUAUAGCUGGAGGAAUCUUCGUGAUUGACAAGUCCUGGUUUAAUCACUUGGGGAAGUAUGACGCCCAGAUGGACAUCUGGGGAGGAGAGAAUUUCGAACUCUCCUUCAGGGUAUGGAUGUGCGGUGGCAGCUUGGAGAUUGUACCCUGCAGCCGGGUGGGCCAUGUCUUCAGGAAGCGGCACCCCUACAACUUCCCCGAGGGCAAUGCCCUCACCUAUAUCAGGAAUACAAAGCGUACUGCAGAGGUAUGGAUGGAUGAAUACAAGCAAUACUACUAUGAGGCCCGGCCCUCAGCCAUUGGGAAGGCCUUUGGCAGUGUGGCCACACGGAUCGAGCAGAGGAAGAAGAUGGACUGCAAGUCCUUCCGCUGGUACCUGGAGAAUGUCUAUCCUGAGCUCACGGUCCCAGCGAAGGAAGUGCUCCCUGGCGUCAUUAAACAAGGCAUCAACUGCUUAGAAUCCCAGGGCCCCAACACAGCAGGUGACCUCCUGCUUGGAAUGGGGAUCUGCAGAGGGUCGGCUAAGAGCCCUCCACCAGCUCAGGCAUGGCUGUUCAGCGACCACCUCAUCCAGCAGCAAGGGAAAUGCCUGGCUGCCACCUCCACCUUAAUGUCCUCCCCUGGAUCCCCAGUAAUACUGCAAGCGUGCAGCCCUAAAGAAGGCAAACAGAAAUGGAGAAGGAAAGGCUCUUUCAUCCAGCAUUCCGUCAGUGGCCUCUGCCUGGAGACAAAGCCUGCCCAGCUGGUGACCAGCAAGUGUCAGGCAGAUGCCCAGGCCCAGCAAUGGGAACUGCUGCCACACACAUGACGGUGGCCCCCAGCCUCCUGGACCUUCUGCAUGAGACUUGGGGACUGGAAGGGGUUAGGGUGGGGGAGUGUCAAGCGGGCUGUUUCCCAUCUCUUCACAUUUCUACUGGAUCAUCGGUACACACCCCUACUGCGCGUGCGUUUCUCCGAAGCUCGUUCAGAGAGGGGGUGGGGGCAUGCUCAUGCCCUCUGUGCCACCCCAGUCUUGCUCCGGGAGCAGAGAUGGUUAGUGUGCAGCUGUCCUGGCCAGAGACUCGGCAGUUGCUCCUGGCCCUUCUUCUUGGCCCUUUGGGGGCCCCAGACAGUGGUGUGUGGACCUUCCCCUUGUUGCCUGGUAGGGACAAGGAUAGAAAGCCUACCGAGGGGCCAGGUUGGGUCACAGGGCUAGCCUGAGGUCAACACAAGAGGACGGGUGGCAGCGUAUGUGUGAAGAGGCUGAAGGCGGGGGGCAGCUAGAAACCAGGAAGGGUUGAGGGGCUCAGUCCAGCGGGUGGGUGAGGGAGGGAUGCAUCCUGGGACAAGAGGAUGGGGAUUCAAAGAACACAGCGUGAAGUACCAGAAAAAAAAUGAGGUCUCUUUCCAAGACAUCAUCCUGUCCAUGCUUUGAUAGCCCCAGGUCCCAAGUCCAACAUACGCCUGCAGCCCCUCCAGGUGGCCAUAUUCUUAGCAAGAGACUGCAGAGGGAUCUGGGGCAUAAUUUAUGAAGCAGACUCCACCUCUGCUUAACCGUCAGUCAGGCCAAGAUCUCACACUUAGGCCUUUAUGACCAGUUGGUAACUCUGUCUGCACUAACUGGUCCUGGUCAUACACCCUAGAAUACCCUCGUCCUCACUCCCUGUUUGGACCCCUGCUUUUUCAAAGGUCUUUGCCUCUGUAAGCACAGCAUCCUGGGGCAUGGUGGCUGGCCAGGUUUGGACCCCCUUCCUGGAGUAUAACCAUUUCCUAAUCAGUAGGAACCGAGUCACCCAGGCCAAACCUAGCGCUCAGGCCCUUCUCCAAAGGCCUCCUGUUGCAGUGGGCUGCGAAGCUGGCUAGUGGGUCCUGUCCCUGCAGAGAAUUCCUUGUUCUUUCUUCUCUCACUACUGAGAACACACAUUGAUAGCGUCCUGGAAUCCCGGCCGCCUCCCUCCCACUGGCUUACACAGUAUAAUUUUGGGUAAAAGACUAUUGGUAGCCAGAACUCUUAGGGUCUUCCUCCAAAGCAAGACAGCCUAAGGAGGCCACUCUUACCCCAGGAGCAACCAGUCUUUCUUAGACCAGACAGUCACACAUUCAUAGGGAAUCUACAGACUCCAGAAAGUCUAGAAAUCCCCCAGAAUGUGGCAUGUGUACGUACAUAUGCAGUUUCCUAGGUGGGGGUGGAGCCUGGAUUUCCCCGGCUUCCUGCUUUCCAAAGGAUCUGAUCCUCUGCUCUUGCUGAGAUCUGCCACCUCUCUGCAUCGCCGGCCCCCAUCACCCUCCCUGCUGGGCCUGGCUUGUCCACCGCCAGAUGUUAGGAGCCAAGUACCCGGGUUAUAGUACCAGCUCUGGAAGGUUCUCCAGCAGGCUCCUUCACCUUUGGCUCUCACCAGCAUCCUGUCAGCAGUUCUGUGCCAAAUAUGUGUGCGCCCUGGGCGCAGCCUAGGGGCCUCUCACCGUGUGACCAAGCUUCGGCCCCUCCUGUGACAAUGUCUCAUACACUGCUUUCUGCAGAAAUGGCCAGGGAUCCCCCGAAUCCCUGGGAAUCCUCCUGCCGAAGUAAGGGGCAGAACCGGGGCCAAGGUAGAGGCUUUCCCCUAGAGACUUGGGCUCUGCUCCCGUGUGGACCUUGGGCCUGGGAACCUGGGCUUCUCUCUGUGAAUGUACUGACGGCUGCUGAGCCUUGAGAAGGCCUCUCCCCGUUUGCUGUGGUCAGACCAGACUCUGCACUUGUCGGCUCUCCGUUCUGGGGGACUCGGUCCAACUCUGGUUUUGCUUUUCUUCUUGACCAAAGCAUGUGCCACUAAAGCUGUCCCGGGGGACGCUGUCUUUAUGAAGAAACACACCUGGAAUAAAACCACUUCUUACAUGUCCACA